AUGAGAGUAAUGCUUAAAUAGUAAUUAGAUUAAGAAAAUAAUCUUGGUGGAUUGUUUUAUUAAUUAAUAUUUGUUUUGAUAAUGUCGGAAAAUAAUAUUAAUUCAAAUCAUAAUAAUAUUUCGCAUCAUCAUAAUUAAAGAAGAUCACCGUCACCAUAUAAUCCUAGAAGAUUUGAUAAAUUAGCAAGGGAAGAAUGCAGGAAUAAUGCUUAAAUAAUGGAAGGAAGAAAUCCAGAUAGAUGGAGAUUAGAUGCUGUUGGUAAUCCAGUUUGUAAAGCCUUAAACAGUUGCAGAGGAUCAUUAUGUUAUCAAUUCGAUCAUAUUGUGCCAUAUUCUAAAGGUGGAGAAAGUAUUAGCAUAAAUUGUUAAUUAUUGUAAUCAUUUGUCAACAUAUACAAAUCAAAUAAAGAAAAUAUUUCAAAGGAUGAGUUGAAGCAUGUUUCUCCUUAAUUAAAAUUCACUCCUGUAUAAUUUGAUGCUAUAGAGUAUGCUAUAUAUGGUUGA